AUGGCAACAGCACGUGGUCUCAAGGAGAUCCUUACGAAAAAGCCUACCGAUGUGGUCAUUCUUUCUUCCUUGCGCACACCAGUCACGCGCGCAUUCAAAGGAGGCUUUCGCGAUGCCCACGACCACGAACUCCUAUCUCACGUCCUUAGAGCAACACUAGAAGCAAAUCCUAAUCUUCCACCAGAAAAGAUCGAGGAUGUAGCAGUAGGCGUUGUCCUCGCCGAGCUGGGAGGUAGCAAGGCGGCACGCAUGGCACAAUUACAUGCUGGCUACCACGAUCGAACGGCAUUACACACAGUGAACAGAGCAUGCAGUAGUGGUCUCGCAGCAGUGACGACAAUAGCACACGCAAUCACAGUGGGCAGCAUCGACGUCGGGAUCGGCGCAGGAAUGGAAAGCAUGACUCGAAAUUACGGCUCUCGAGCCAUACCCGUAAAUCUAUGGGACGAACUACGAAACAGCCCCAGAAAAGAAGCAAAAGACUGCAUCAUGCCCAUGGGCGAAACAAGCGAAAACGUCGCGAAACGCUACGGUGUCUCUCGAGAAGAUCAAGACGCAUUUGCCGUCGAAUCACACCGCAAAGCCUCCCAAGCCCAAAAAGAUGGCCUCUUCGACAAAGAAAUAGUCCCCGUCAAAGUCCAACAACACGACCUAGAAGAUAAAGAGAAAAGCGGUCCCACAAAAGAAGCAACAGUCGACAAGGACGACGGAAUUCGGCACAACGCCAGCUUAGAACAAAUGGCAAAACUCAAACCGGCAUUUGGAAAAGACGGCUUCAGCACAGCCGGAAACUCAAGCCAGAUCUCAGAUGGUGCCGCCGCAACAUUAAUGAUGAGACGGUCCACCGCCAACGAACUCGGUCUCACAAGCAGCAUCAUAGGGAAAUGGGUAGGCACACAGGUCGUCGGCUGUCUACCCGACGAAAUGGGCGUUGGUCCUGCAAUCGCCAUACCGAAAUUACUCGAGUACACCGGCAUCAGUACGGAGGACGUAGGUAUUUGGGAAAUCAACGAGGCUUUUGCCAGUCAAGCGUUAUACUGUGUGAGGAAGUUGGGAAUUGAUGAGACUAAGGUUAAUCCGAAGGGAGGUGCUAUUGCGCUGGGACAUCCUUUGGGAAUGACGGGUACGAGACAGCUGGCGACGUUGAUGCCGGAGCUGGAGAGGCAGGGCAAGGAUCUUGGUGUUGUUAGUAUGUGUAUUGGGACGGGAAUGGGAAUGGCUGGUCUGUUUGCGAGGGAAUAA